UCUCAUGGCUGAUGUUGAAGUAGCUGAUGUUGAAGUAGCUGAUGUUGAAGUAGCUUUGGAACAAGUCGAGGACCUGGAAGCAUCAUCCGAAGAGGAAGAUGACGAGGAAGAGGUUGAACCGAGCCUCAAAUACGAGCGCUCAAUCAAAUCCGAUCUAAGGGACCGGAUAUUUCCCAACACUAAGAUCUCGAUCAUCUCUGUUCAUGAAAAGUUUAUAGUUUUGGGUGAUGUGCACGGGCAGGUGUUCCUACUUGAUCACAGUGGGAACAUCAUCAGGCAGAUAAACGCUCACAAGGGGCCGGUUACCUGUAUUUCAAUAGAUUCUACUGGGGAGUACAUUGCCUCGUGUUCACGACACGAUCCUAACGUUAUAAUCAAGGGACUCUACAAGGAGUCUUCUGAAAGGGACUCCUCUGAGUCCUUCAGAGCUGCAGUAUACUCAGUAGAGCUGGGUCCUGACUUUGCCACACAAGGGCACUACGUAGUGGGGACUGAUAGGCUCAUGUUCAAUGAGAAGGGCUUCUUUGGGGUGAAGAGAAGUGUUCUACACGCUGGGGAAGGUCCCAUUUGGAAGGUGAGCUGGAAGAAAACUUUCAUUGCUUGGGCUAAUGAUAUGGGUGUUAAAAUAUUUGAUACUAAUAGCAGGAAGCUAAUAACGAAGAUAGCGAGGGACCCUAAGUCCCCCUCCCCAGCAGACUAUCAGUGUCACCUCUGUUGGUAUAACGGAGUCACACUGCUGGUAGGAUGGGCUAACACCAUUAAAAUAUGUCAAGUUAGACCAAGAACUUCUGCUGACUCCCAGGACCUGCCGCCAUUCUAUGUGGAGGUCAUGAACAUUAUAUACCUUGAUCACUAUGUGUCAGGGAUUGGACCACAACCUGAUGACAAGAUAAUAUCUCUGGGGUACCGAGCACCAGAGAACGGUCAGCCUGUCCGACCUUGUAUUAGAAUAACUAGUUUUAAUGGUGAGGAGCUGUCUUUAGAGGAGUUGUCAAUUAAAGGAUACGAGACUUGCGGACCUAAUGACUACAACAUGUCCGUUUUGACUUAUGACCAUUUUGUUUAUAUUUGUGCUCCAACUGAUUUGGUACUAGCUAAACCGAGGGAUAUGGAUGAUAAAGUUGAGUGGUUGAAAGAUAGACUCAGGUUUGACGAAGCGCUUGAAGUGGUUCGUGUUCAUGAGAGCCAGUUGAGAAAACACACUUUUAAAUCAGUGGGACAGAAGUACCUGGCACAUUUGCGGAGUGUAGGUCAGUUUGAGAAAUGUGCUGAAGCGUGCAGCUCAAUAUUACAAGGUGAUGGGGAGGCGUGGCAACAGGAGAUCAUGGCAUUCACUAACUGCAAGAAACUCACCGUCCUCUGUCCUUACAUUCCUACCAAGAAACCAGUCCUAAAACCAUGGGCUUACGAACUCGCACUUUCAUCAUUCCUCAACGCUCACGAAUUUGAGUUGUUUGACAAAUUUGUUCGACUGUGGCCCCCUGAGAUUUACGGACAACAAGCCGUUAUCAAUUACCUGAAGAAAAUGUUAUCAGAAAUAAAGCUAAGCCCAGCUGAUAACCUAUCGUUAUUGAAAUGUCUGGGUUUACUCUACGAGUACCAAGAAGACUUUGUUAAUUCUCUCUAUCUCUACAUCAAACUCUCAGAUCCUAAAGCUUUCGCCUUGAUAGAUAGAUAUAACCUGUUCGCCUCACUUGAAGGUGACGACAAAAUCUUAAGAUUACUCACGUUAAACGAAGAGAAAGCUAUUGACCUGUACAUCAACAACACUGACAAAAUCCCAGUCAGUAUGGUUGUAGAGGACCUCAAGAAGAGAGACAAGAAAACCAAGUCUUCAGAAGUAGCCAGACGGACCAAGCUCCUCUACAAGUAUCUGGAUAGUCUGUUCCAGAUGGAUCCAGAGAUAGGGUUUGAAUACCAUGAGGAUAUGAUAGGACUGUACGCUGAAUACGACACCUCUCAAGGUAAGAGUAGAUUAAUGCGCUUCCUAAGGGAAAGCACUUCUUAUCCUAUAGAUAAAGCGUACGAGAUAUGCGAGAAGAGGAAACUUUAUGAGGCACAGGUUUAUCUGCUGACCCAGAUGGGGAGACCAAUACAGGCCCUCUCGCUGCUGGUGGAUGAGAUAGGGGAUAUCACUGCAGCUAUUGAGUUCUGUAAGGAACAGGACGACAAGGAGUUGUGGGAUAAUUUACUAAAGAAAGCUACUGAGAGUAACAAAUCUUCUUAUAUCACGGGUCUACUACAGAACAUUGGAACUCACAUUAACCCAAAGGAUCUGAUAGCUAAGAUACCGAACGGACAGAAGAUAGAUGGUCUGAGAGACAGCCUGGUGAAGAUACUGUGUGAUUACAAGUUGCAGAUUCACCUCAAUGAAGGGUGUAAGAGGGUGUUUGUUAAUGAUACAGUUAGUUUAUCUAGGAAGAUGCGGGGAUUAGCUCGGAGGGGCGCGCAUGUUGAUGAGGAAAGUAACUGUCAGAUCUGUAAGAACAUGGUUAUAUCAGAUAGGGAGAGUAGCGAUGUUACUGUCUUCUUCUGCGGGCACGUCUUUCAUAAUGAACCGUGUCUUGAACGGUUGGGGAAGAAUUAUUGUAUUUCUUGUCGCAAAUAAUGUGAAUUAAGAGAUUGGAUUUAAAGUUUAAUUAUAUCAAAGAUUUUUAUUAAUGUUUAUAUUGUUUUUCAGGCUGAAUAAAUGAUAAAGAAAAUGAUUAUUCGAUUCACAUAAAUGUAGAUACUACAUAAUGUUGAGCGAUAAGGAUUUGAUUGUUAAUUUUAAAGUUAACAGUUUUACACUUUCUAUCGCCAGUAAAUCACGCCACUAUCGGUCUCUUAUCUAAAUCAGUAACGUGCGAUACAAGACCUAUUCUGCAUGGCAUUCGAGUUAGAAGAAAAUUAUACUGUUCAACAUUCAUUGUCGACAAGCUUAAAAUUGAAUUUGUAUUUUGCAGCCGCUGAGUUUACCAGUAAUUGGAAAUCAUAUCAAUUAACUAAUUGGGGGGGGGGGGGGGGGGGGCAACUAAUGGAGUUAUUCUCAGUGAGAUGUAAAUUAUUUUCUUUGUUUUGUGUUUUGAUUGAUAAUAAAUUUUGACUUUGUUAUACGUUCCAGCAUUCUCAUUUUCUGUGUUCCUAUUUAACGUGUAUAAUUCUAUAAAGCAGUAAGCAUACCAUU